AUGAAACCACUUGAAGAAAAAGCGAACAGGAAAAUUGACAGAAAGCUCCUCAAGCCUCAGGUGGAGAGACGUCGGAGAGAGAGAAUGAACCACAGUCUGGAGAGCCUGAGAACCCUGCUGCUGCAGGGACCACCAUCAACUCAUACAGGUGGUGUGACUCAGCGUAGAGUGGAGAAAGCUGAGAUCCUGGAACACACUGUUCUCUUUCUCCAGAACACUGGCGAUGGGGACAGGAAGAAAGGUGAGGAUGGAGAAAAGCAACAUCCCUUCCAGGAUGGCUUCUCAGGCUGCCUGCAGAGAGCUGCACACUUCCUGGGGAAAGAAGGGGAGGGCCUGCAGCUGGAGGCAGCACUGAACUCUACUUUCUCUGCUCGUCUGAACAGCCAUGCCUGUAUGAACACCGAAGUCCCGGCUAAAGCCCACUCUUCCAACUCUCUGCCCAGCACAACGUGCCACCAGUCCUCACACCUGAUGAAGAUACAGGAGUCCCACUACAGACAACAGCUUUGUGAAGUCUACAGGAGACAUCUGUCUCAUGCUCACAGAGCUUCACUCCAACAUGGAGAUCCCAAACCUCCCCAGCUGCCCCACAGACACGCUGCCAAAGAAGCCCAAUCCCAGAACCUCCCAGACAGUCAGUCUGUGUGGAGGCCUUGGCCAUGAUCUA